AUGUUGCUCCUGCUGCCGAGGUACGGCGAGUUGCUCCUGCUGCCCAGGAGGUGCGGCGAGGUGCUCCUGCUGCCCAGGCGGUGCAGGUUGCACCUGCUGCAGAGGCGGUGCAGGAAAUUGCCCGACUGUACGGGGGUCCCGCUCAUUGACGUCGACUCCUUCCUUCGCUCCGAGGUGACUAAGCUCGGCGAGGGGGCUUACGCACGGGUGUACGAUGUGAGUCGACCCGGCUUGCCUCCUGUGUGCAUGAAGCUGUACAAGAGACAGCAGGCCACUGAUCACGAGGACGAGGCCGAGAGGCUGCACGCCCUGAGGAACGUUCCAGGACUUCCCAAGCUGGUGGGGCUGUCCCUCGCCCCCGCCGCGGUGGUGAUGACCUGCCACGGAACGCGGGACCUGCACUCGUGGCUCUGCACGCGCUUCAACAUGGAGGAGUACCUGAAGAUGCUCCUGUCCCUCAGCACCACCUUGCUCGCUCUCCACACCGAGGGCUUCACGCACAACGACUUAAAGACCGACAACGUGAUCAUCGACGAGCGCAACGUGCCGACCCUGAUCGACGUGGGUCUCGUGUCCCGCAAGUGCGCCCGCCCCUAUAAAUGUAAUUCGGACAAGGACGUGGGCGAGCUCGAGAGCAGGCGCGCGAAGAGACACGGCCACUUGGCCCCCGAGAUCUUCCGCGGAGGAAAAGCUCGUCCCAGCGCCGACGUUUACUCCUUCGGCAGGAUCCUGUUCGUAGCUUCCUUGAUGACGUUCCACGAAUUCGUCCCCGAAAUCGCUUUCCUCAUGGCGGCGUGCAAGGAGGUCGAGCCGCGGAAGCGCCCGACCUUCCGCGAGAUCAUCGAGCUCCUCGCCAGCUUGAUCGAGCGGCGCGCGCAGGAAUGA